AUCCAUUGAGAUGUCAACUAGUAAGUGCCAUUUACCAAUUUCUACCUUUUAAAAAAUAUAAAUACAUAAACAAUCAAAGAACUAAGAACACGAUCAAGUGAGAAAAUUGACAUUUAUGACAGCGAGACAGCACCCAUCAAUCCCAAACUGGUAUUUGCUUCAGAUCAGAUUGGCUACUACAUACCCCUCCUAAACAUCUUCAUCCACCCACUAUGUUACAGUGAACUUGCAAGUGAAAAUUGUAGAAACUAGAAAGUAAUUAAUUGGUCAUUUCAACAGCACCUGAUAAAAAGACUAUACACUCUGACUCAAUUCACCCUAAAAUCCAAUUGUUGCAUAAAACAAGUAACUAGAAAAUGUAAAAUGGGGCCUCAACUUUGGAGAAAAGGUAUGCUGCAACUGUAGGACUCCACUUCAUCAUGUGCAACCAAGAAAUUCCAUCUUAUCAGCAAAUGUGGAAUUAGUUGCCAAACUGGCGCCUUGUCCAUGGCGGCCUUUGCCAGCCACCAUUGCCAUUGCGUUGUACAGCAUUGUUCUUGUGUGAAAAGACCCGCAUUCGCUCUUCCUUCAUGUUGGCAAACAGUGAGUCUAGUGUUUGAGGCUUCUGCUUAGGCACUGACUUCCCCUGUUGCUCCUCAUCCUGCUGCCGCUGCUGGGGCUGUACUAACAAGAUUGCUCACUUAGCAUCAAAACAGAAUAACUAAUGGAGCAAUAACUCUUAACAUUAACAUAGGACCCCAGUCUUUGCUGUUUAGAAGCAAUAAAUCCCAUUACCUUUGUCAAACCAACCAAAUGUAAAAGCUAUAAAAUACCACCCAGAAAAUCCAUGGGUGCUCACAGUGUUCAAUAUAUGACGUCAAUCCUGAAUAGUUACAAGCCAUUUAAACAUAAAAAACAUACUGACUAGCCCCUGGUCAUAGGAUGGAAGAAAUACCUUUGCUGCAAAGUGUCCAUUUGGAGACCUUCGCUGAACUGGUGGAACUCCAACCCUGCAGAAUAAAUAAAACAAUCAAUAGAUAAUAGAGCAAAAAACUCAUGGAGCAAACUCUCCAGGGGAGACAAGAUGAUCCCCUGUGCUCAGCGACCAGCAAUAGUCUUGAGACCUCCACAACACCACAACCAGACAAUUUUUAUGUCCAACUACUAAAAAGACCAGACAAACAAUUACCCCCAGGAAUAUAACUUCAUUUCUGAAACCUUUUCCAAUUAAACAACAAAAUCUGGAGUUUUAAACCUCUAGCUUGAAAUGCAAGGCCACCUCAAAACACAGAGAAAGCCCUCCAUGUACAAAACCACAAGGGCCAAAAUCCAAGAAGAUCAAAUCAAUAUGCAGCUAAAUUUCACCAUCCACAGCCCAAGUUCAUGUGAAAUUAAAUCUCCCAAAGAAGCCACAAACCUUUGUAGGAGUCAUAAAGAAUUUUACAUCUAAAGAACUAGAUAAAAUCCAGUUAGAAAG